AAAUCGAUUUAGUCGACAUUUGUGAGGCGAUGAAUACAUUACACUUGCUGCCACCUGUUGCCCUGCUCUUCCACCUGCUGCUCCACGUGCUCAUCACUGGAGUGCAGAGCUGGAGUUUUGGAUCUCCCGAUUCGUUGUCAGAGCAACGUGCUCCACAGCCGAGUGACGAUGGGAACUACGCUAAUCAUACGCUGCUCACACGUCAGCUGGUUGUGGGCACUUUGUUGCCACCUCAAGUGCCACAACAGGUGCCCUGGCCUCAGAUUCCUUCCAUUGUGACGCCAGGCACCACAAAUUGCCGCUGCGUGCCAGCUGCGUCUUGUCCCAAUCCUCUGCCCACGCCGCCCAACGAUGGCAGCGGACAGCUGGACAUACGCAUAGUGAACAACGGAGGCUUGCCCACGGCGGGCACUACGGCGUCUCCCUUGAGCUGCAGCUAUGGUUUGGUGGCUUGUUGCCAGGCAGGAAGCUAUCAAUGCGGACUACGCUUUCCGCCGCCGCCGGGUGCGUCGCUAGCGAGUCCUGGCCAGGCCAGCUUUGGUGCUUAUCCGUGGCAGGCAGCGCUGCUGACCACAGCGGAUGUUUAUCUGGGUGGAGGAGCACUGAUUACAGCGCAACAUGUGCUCACAGCUGCUCACAAGGUCUACAACUUGGCUUUAACCUCCUUUAAGGUGCGCCUCGGAGAAUGGGAUGCCUCAGGGACAGCCGAACCAAUUCCCGCCCAGGAUGUCUACAUCUCCAACGUGUAUGUGAAUCCUGCCUUCAAUCCCAACAAUCUGCAGAACGAUGUCGCUAUUCUGAAGCUGGCCACAGUUGUCUCGCUCACCAGUCGUUCCACCGUGGGCACAAUUUGUCUGCCCACCACCAGCUUUGUGGGGCAACGGUGUUGGGUCGCAGGUUGGGGUAAGAACGACUUUGGGCCAACGGGCGCUUAUCAGGCGAUUAUGCGGCAAGUCGAUGUGCCUCUCAUACCUAAUGCCGACUGCCAGACAGCGCUGCGUGCCACGCGCCUUGGCUCCUCCUUUGUGCUCAGCCCCACGAGUUUCAUUUGCGCCGGCGGCGAAGCUGGCAAGGAUGCAUGCACUGGCGAUGGCGGCUCGCCGCUGGUUUGUACCAAUAAUGGCGUGUGGUAUGUGGUUGGUUUAGUCGCCUGGGGCAUUGGUUGUGGACAAGCAAAUGUGCCGGGCGUCUACGUCAAUGUGGGCACCUACUUGCCUUGGGUGCAAACAACGCUCACACUUUAAGUGGAGAAGGCGUUAAGCAAUGAUAAAUUUAAGUCUUCAAACAAAUUCACCGUAUAUAAUUUAGUUUAGUUAUUAUUACAAUAUAUUAUGUUUAAUAUAUCUUAAAAGAAACAAACUGCUAAAGCUAACACUUAAUAUAAGCUCAUGUAAGUCCA